CAGUCAACGAGUUCCGCUGUCACAACAAUGACAGACUCAGGGCCAAAGUUAAAAAUAUUCAAGUUUUUAAAGAUUAUAACAGGCAGUUUGCUCAUUACAGUCCUGCUGUUAUUCACCAUAGCAUCUAUCAGGACGCUCUCACUGGACGUAAAUGUCGGACUUCAACUCGCAGAUUGGGAAAAGACGAAUAACAUCUCGCUUGUCAUAGGCCACCACCAGCGAGAGGAGCUCCUCGCGCAUUUUAAAGAGGCGAUCCGGAUCCCCACGGUGUCCUUUUCGGAGGAGGAGAGCAACACCACCGCGCUGCAUGAAUUUGGCAAGUUCCUCCGAAGAGCCUUCCCGACAGUUUUCUCUUCAAGCUUGGUUCGUCAUGAAUUGGUGGCCAACUACAGCCACCUGUUUUGGGUGCAAGGAUCACAGUCGGACCUGGUGCCGUACAUGCUGCUGGCCCACAUAGAUGUAGUACCUGCCUCAGAAUCGGAUGGCUGGGAGGCCCCACCAUUUUCUGCCAAGGAGAUAGAUGGCUUCAUCUAUGGUAGAGGGACCAUAGAUGACAAGGGCCCUUUAAUGGGAAUUCUGCAGGCACUGGAGUACUUACUGAUAAAAGGCUAUGCUCCACGCAGAGGAUUUUACAUUGGUCUAGGUCAUGAUGAAGAAGUCAGUGGUUACAAGGGGGCAAUGAACAUAGUGUCUAUACUGAAGCAGCGUGGUGUGCAGCUAUCGUUUGUCCUGGAUGAGGGCCUGGCUGUACUUGAUGGUGUCAUCAGUGGUCUUGAAGGACCUGCUGCACUAAUUGGGAUAAGUGAAAAGGGUUCGGCGACUGUAAAGCUCAGUGUGUUUAUGGCCCCUGGUCACUCCUCAAUGCCUCCCAGUGAGACCAGCAUUGGGAUCUUGGCUGCAGCAGUCAAAAGACUAGAGGAUAACCCUAUGCCAAGAUUAUUUGGUCAUGGGCCUGAACAUGGAACAUUUGAGCAUCUGGCCCACAAGUUCGGAUUCCCAAUGAAGUUCAUAAUGUCAAAUUUGUGGCUGUUUGCCCCACUCUUAGGCAGGGUACUUGAAAGAAAACCAGACACAAAUGCUUUUGUAAGGACAACCACAGCAGUCACCAUGUUUAAUGCAGGAGUUAAGGUGAAUAUCAUCCCAUCCCUUGCUGAAGCUUAUGUGAAUUUACGAAUCCACUCAACUCAGUCCCUACAAGAGGUCCUGGACCUAAUCCAGUCAACAGUGCGGGACCAACGAGUGAAGAUAGAGCUUGUUAAUGGAUUUGACCCCUUGCCUGUGAGCUCCAUGGAUGAGAAGUCCUUUGGCUUCCAGAUCAUUAAGAAAACUGUGUUGGACAUGUUUCCAACAGUUACAGUUGCUCCAGGUAUCUGUAUUGGGAACACAGACAGUCGUCAUUUCAAAGAACUGACGAAUGAUAUUUAUCGCUUCAGCCCUCUCUGGUUUAAACCAGGUGAUGCUCAAAGAUUCCAUGGCAUCAAUGAACGGAUUUCGAAAAAGAACUACGAGGAACUUGUAGUAUUUUACUUCAGUCUGAUUCAAAACUGUGACAUUCAGAAGCUCCCUGAGCCUCACAGCUCUGUCCACGAACUCUAAAGAAGAUACAGUAUGGGUAAAAUGCAAUCCAAAAGUCUGUGUUAUUCCUAGACUGAAUCAUUUCCACAGCAUCAAAUGGGACCUUGACUUAAAUGAUGUGACUCUGCCUUUUAGAGCCAGACGGUACAAUUUUCAUAGCUUUACAUUAAACAACUCGUUUGGAUCUUGUUUGAUGACAUACAGUAUUGACCUUGUUCUGAUAAGAUGAUCUCAGGAGAACUAUGUAGAGCUCUUCUGCAUUUGUGAUUGUGUGAACGAUUUUGCGAUAGUGUUUAAUCUUUUUCAAAAUUUUAAGUCAUGAUGGUUAAAUUUAAUGAAAUAACGAAUACAUUGUUUUUGUUGAGCUGCUAAUUACAUUGUUGCACUUGAAAUUAUAACGGUACAUAUAACAUAAAUUAAGUUAAUGCAUAUGUUUUGGCUGCUAUAACAGAAAAUAUAAAAAGAUGCUUCUUUGUCUCGAAAUGCUGAAUGGUAAUGUUUAUUUCCUCCUAGUGAUUAAGAACAGAGGUUUUUUAAUUUUAUACUAUCACUGACUCACUCAUUUAAAAUGAAUUAGUAUUUAUAAAGGCAAGUUGAAUUUGCACACAAUUUUGA